AUGAUCAGAGGUAGUCACCUCAAGGUGCACAGGUUAGUUGCUGCCCUGUUGGAAGGUCGCUUUCGCGUGAUCGGCGAUGGAUCCUUCAAGAAUGAGUUAGGGACCGCAGCUGUUCAACUCCUGGUGAAGCACAGAGGGUCAGAUCGGAUCAUCAUCCGGUGUCAGACCCCGGGUUUGCCCCACGAUCAGAGCCCAUACCGUAGUGAACUCAUCGGUCUGAUGGCUGGUAUCAUGGCAAUUGAUUGGCUCCUCCAGCAAUGGGCCCCAAAUCUUUUGACACGCCCCAGGGUGUGGAUUGCUUGUGACGGUCUCUCUGCCAUUGAGAUGGCUUUACUGUGCCUUCAUUAUAUUCCCUCUUCAGGUCAUAUUGCAAGCGGCCAGUUGGGCCCUUCCAUCAAACACGCAAUCCUACAGCUUCUUCAUGGCGUCCGCGCACCUUCUUCCCCAUCUUUACGGACCAUCCCUCCUUUGGUUCGGCCGACCUUCUUGGCUCAACAGGUGAUUGGGUAUCAAGGCCUUUUGGAGGGACACAAAGCCUCGUCUUGGCUACCACUCCAACAACAACAUUAUGAUGAGAUCAGAUGUCGUCGAUCUGUCUCUCUCUGGGCGUCCCGCCUCUCACAACAGCUAAUCUUGAUCGGCUUCUACAUGUGGGAGCAAUGGAACUCCGUUCAACAUUUGGAUGACAACGUUCAACUACAUGAACGUCACAGCACUAUCAAUGAGGGGAUUCACUCACAGUUUGAUAUGGUCCCAAUGACUUGCCUAGGGAAAUUCGACCAGUGCUAA